ACUCGUACGAAACUCCGGGGCUUUUUCAUUUGCAAAUCCAACCCCGGGAAGUCCCAGGGAACUUCACCCUGAUUUUCUAUGAGCACAAAACCAGGCUGAGGCAUUUCAGGGUUCACGUCCCAGAGCCCCAGGAGAAAAGAAUCCGUCAUAAGUGGAAGCGCCCGAGGUUCUAAGGAAAGAGUGAGGCAUUUGGACCCGAAAGACACUGGCAACAACAACUUGGAGGAAGUAUCCCUGUAGAAAUGCCUACCAUUAAUGCUCUUAUGAUUAUACAACUCUGUGUCCUUAUGGCUGCAUUUCCAGCUCAAUAUUUACUUGCUCAAUGGUGUAGAACUGAUUCUACUCAAGGCCUUCAAGUAAUCAAAAGGUUAAUUAGCUCCUGGAACAAUUUUAGAUGGUCAUACCUGAGUCUGAAACCGUGGACCAGAUAUUUAAAAAAUCAGAUGGUAAAAAUGAGGAACUGGUACAAUGAAGAAGAAGAAUUUAGCCAUGCUUACUUUGCAGAACCAACUCGAAUUCGAAGUCCCAGGCCAGAAUUUGUUCAGUUUAACGUGGGAAUGGUGGUAAUACACAAGCAACUUGGCUUUUCAGGAGUAAUUAUUGGUUGGGAUGUAGAAGCCAGAGGUCCAGAAGAGUGGCUAAAACAAAAAUAUCCUCCUGAGAAACAGUAUUUAAGAAAAUCUCCUCACUAUCGAAUUCUAGUCAACAAGUACAACAGAAUUGGUUUAUCUACAGCCUACAUUCCUGAGGAAAACCUUAAAGUUAUUACUGGACAUGAGGUAUUCCAUCCUGAUUUGAAAGUUUACUUCAGCACGUAUGAUGGAGCCAGAUACAUUAUGCAGCCAUGGCUAAAACAAAUCUAUCCUGAUGAUUAAAUCUAUUUUGUUGUAUAAUUCCCUAUCUAAAUUUUUUCUUUAUUGUGACAAAUGGAAACCAGGGUACAAUUGAUAUAGUUUAUUUUUUCUGAAAUAAAUGAAUAUUUAAAAAAAAAA